UGCUGUAGCAUGCUAGCUGAGCUAGCUAGCUAGCCAAGAUGGAGCCACUGCUGCGGCUGGCUUGUGUUGGUGUGUGAUGGGCAGACCUGCAUGAAUGGAUGUAAUACUGCAGAGGGCUGUGUAAAAUACAGUAACAUUGGAUUCAAGUAUCAUUUACGGAUUAACGUUAGGAUUUAAUGUGUGUAUCCAUUGAGGUCAUUUUAAUUUAAAAACUAGUCACGUGUUUAGUUCCGCCUUUAACGUUAACACGUUAGCUACCACUUUAGCGUUAAAUGCAUAGCUAACGUUAGUAGCUAAGUUAGCUAGAUAACGCUACAUAGCAUUGAACGAUAUACAACAGUUUAUCCAUCCCUGGCAAUAAUCCAAAUUCUAACUAAUUCAGUGGAUACCGUUAACUCCACAGUUACAUUUAAUAAUUCUCAUAACGUUAGCUAGCUAGUUAAUACACAUUUAAAGGAGACGCAUGCAAAACGUCUCAUUGGGCCUACCAGUUAACGUUAUUACUGAAGUGGUAUUAGGCUUAAUGUUGUUUAUUACUGAACUGGUAAAAUGAUUGCUAACGUCAUAAUGUGAGAAGGCAAAUGCAUACAAAUAUUGAUAUUAUGAGAAUUGAUAUUAUCCACUAAAGCUCAGUAGUGCUAACGUUACGCCAUUAGUGUUUUAAAGAAGUAGAACUGACGCUACUCAAGUAACGUUACAAGCUAAGGUCCUAUAACGUUAUUCAUCAUUUUUUACUCAAGUUAAAUUCCCCAAGUACUAUUAGCAUAAUGUAUUUGAAGUAUACGAAGUCAAAUAAUUUAUUAUGCAGUAGAAUAGCCACUGUUAGUCACUUUUUAUUAUUAUUAUUAUUAUUAUUACUAUUAUUAUUAUUAUCAUCAAUGCUCUAAUGCCAGAGCAGUAGUUAAAUGUCGUGACUGGUUAAAGGAGGGGCUAAUUUUAAAUAAUUUGUAUAACGUUACUGUUAUUUUACAGUUAAUUUCAAAGCUGUGCAUCAAAUCUUGCGUUUUAAGUUUAUGUUUUGUAUGAAAAAUCCUCAUCAGCUAAAUAACCUGCAGCUGUAAGAUAAAUGUAGGUAGUAAAAAAUACGAUAUUUGCCUAUAAAAAAAAAAUAGUAGAAGCAUAAAAUAGAAAUAUGCAAGUUAAGUAUAAGCACAUUAAGUUUGUACUUGCAUUUACUAAACCAUCUUAUGUAAAUAUAGUUUGUAAUUUUGUCUUAUUUGGUUGUUACCUUUUUAUUUGGAUACCCAUUAGCUGCUAACAAUGUUCCUGAGUCUGUAACUAGAACAAACUGUGUACCAGCACUACUGCUUGGUAUUUAAAUACAUAAUAAUCUAAUUUAAAAGUGAAAGCUAUGUGACAUAGCCUAUUUAGCGAACCUGACAAGUGCGUUCUGUUAAAAAUAAAUGAACGCUAUUAUAUUAUCUUGAUAGUAUAACUACUGUUGUCUCUAUGGGCGGUUUGAAAUGCUAAAAUACAAUUUUAUUAACUGCUUCCAGCCCUUUGGAUACAAACAUUAAAAGGUAACUCGGCUGCCAAGUCUGAUUUUCAUGGGCAGAAACAACGGCUUAUUGCUGCCCUGUCAUUUUAUAAAUCAGAGGUUCAUCCUGUCAGUUGAUUGAAUGGAACUACAGCCCUGUGGAUUAUCUUUUAACAAGUUGAUAAUUCGAUUUGAACAAUGAGAGUGAAUUUGUGUGGUGAGCUUGUGGGUGUAUGUGUGAUGAGAUUGAUAUCAAAUUCUUCCCAUACAUUUGUUGCAUACAAACUGAACAAUUGUGGCCCCUUUAUUUUAUUCAUUAAGGUUCAGUGUAUCUUUGCCAGCCUACAACAAUCUGCAAAGGAGUUGCAGAAAAGCCUCAUGUUCAUCGAGCCGUAUGGGCAAGAAAACUGUUCCCAUUUAUACUUUUCUACAGCGGGUUUAAAAUUCUGCAGCUGAGGUCUUGAAGAUGCAGAAGGGUACAGUAUGUGGUGCAGAUCGCAGUGUGUAUAAACUAAAUUUUUUUUCCUUGGAUUUCUUUUGUGUUUUUUGUUUUGAAUUUCUUUUCAAUGUUUCAUAUUUGUAGAAGGCUUGGCUGGAACAUUUGUCUGAAAUGUUUACAUUUCUCGUCAGUCUUGAUAGCAGUCUUUCCUGCAUAGUUAUAUGCAUUGAAAUGUAAUGAAAACUUUAUGAAAAUGAAGGUACCUCUGUUCACAUUAGUUAACUGAAGCACAAGUUUGUUAUUUACCUGGUUUGUGUCCCUCCCGGUUAGCUUAAUCUCAUAAUGCUCCACACUUACAGAGUGGACAUUGAGCCAUAUCACAAGUUAAACUGAGUUGAGGCUCAAACAUCGCCAUAUUUUUAUUAAGGCUUGGGAAAGGUUGGUAAGCACCAAGAAUAACAGGAGCUACAUGUAACUUUUACUUCAUCAAUCUUGACACAUUCAUGGCUAAUAAAGGUAGUCCAGCAGAGGCACAUUAUAUAUUACAGGUAAAUAUGUCAUACCAAUGAAGUAUGUGUAAAGUUUUGACAAUCGCAAAAUGAAACGAUUGGUUUCACUCAUUUAGAUGGGUACAAAAUCCUUGAAUGCAUUUAUAGUGACACAUACUGCCCAUUUAAUGUUGUGCAAUUACAGUAUAGUAAAGCACUGGAUACCUCGUCCCUGAUAACAAAUAUGUGAGGUCUUUCUCACUGGUUGUUUUUGGACUGUUUCAGGGGAUGAAACGCGACAGAGGGUCAAGUUCACUGACGAACGAGUCUGCAAAAGUCAUCUUCUAAACUGCUGUCCACAUGACAUCCUGUCUGGAACUCGUAUGGACCUGGGAGAGUGCACCAAGAUCCAUGACCUGGCACUUCGGGCAGAUUAUGAAAUUGCUUCCAAGGAGAGAGAUCUGUUCUUUGAGCUUGACGCGGUCGAGCACCUGGAGUCUUUCAUUGCUGACUGUGACCGGAGGACAGAACUAGCCAAGAAGCGGCUGGCUGAGACCCAAGAAGAGAUCAGUGCUGAGGUGGCAGCAAAGGCAGAGAAGGUCCAUGAGCUGAAUGAGGAAAUAGGGAAGCUCUUGGCCAAGGCUGAGCAGCUCGGAGCCGAGGGCAACGUCGAUGAGGCCCAGAAAGUCCUGCAGGAAGUUGAGAAGGUCCGCACUAGGAAGAAGGAUGCAGAGGAAGAGUACAGAAACUCAAUGCCAGCCUCCAGCUUCCAGCAGCAGAAGCUUCGGGUGUGCGAGGUGUGCUCUGCUUACCUGGGUCUCCAUGACAACGACCGUCGUUUGGCUGACCAUUUUGGUGGGAAGCUUCAUCUGGGCUUCAUUCAGAUCCGAGAGAAACUGGACCAACUAAAGAAAACCGUGGUCGACAAGCAGGAGAAAAGGAACCAGGAGCGCUUGAAGAGACGAGAAGAGAGGGAGAAAGAGGAAAAGCUGAAGAAGAGGACCAGAUCACGGAGCAGAGAGCAUAAAAGAUCCCGUUCUCGUGACCGCAGAAGGAGGCGCUCACGCUCCACAUCACGAGACAAGCGCCGUUCGCGCUCACGCUCCAGGGAGAGGAGGAGGAGGCAUCGCAGCCGAUCCCGCUCUCGCAGCCGAGGACACCGUCACAACCACGAGCAGAGCUCCAGACACAAGUCGUCCAGGGACCGAGAGCGCUCGUCCAGAGACGGGUCACGGGACAGGAGGGACGGUAUCAACGGCAGGUCGGACUCCCGCCGGGCAGACGACAGGGAUAUGGGGGACCUCUGAAGACCAAACUCCAUCCAUCAGGACACCCAGCCUCCUCCUGUCUCUCUCUCACCCAUCUGUCCAUUUAUAAUAUCCUAAUGUCACACACAGUCCUUGCCUUGCCCCCUUUGUUCUCCCGCCCGCUACCUUUCUUUGCUUUAACAGUUAAUGCAGCCGACCCAGAGUGUACACAUACCUGAAAUAUAUAUAUAUAUAUAUAUAUAUAUAUAUAUAUAUAUAUAUAUAUAUAUAUAUAUAUAUAUAUAUAUAUAUAUAUAUAUAUAUAUAGUAUGGAUAAAAUAUUCUAGCAUCCAGAUAUAUCAAAAGAUUUCAUUUGGAGGGGAGGAAUUAGUGGAGUGUAUUGUAAUACCCACAUCUGUGAUUUGGUGGCUGUCUGUAUCCAAUACAUCCCAUGUCUUGUUAGAAACUACCCUGCAAUGAUUCCAACAGAAAAAAAGCAAACAGACAGAUGGUCUGCUGGACUGAAGCAUAAAGUGUAACUGAUCCAUAUUCUUUUGUUAUUAACUGAUGGUCUUUUGAUACAGAAACUGUCUGAAUAUCUUAUAUCUGAAUAUGUUUUGGGCCUACUCUGAAAAACUUCAUCCUAUCUUUUUUUUUUUUUUUUUUUUUUUUUUUUUUUUUCCUUCUCCCUCAAGAUUUCUUUUCACCAGCUCCUGGCAGGAGUUGUUGACUCCAUGAGUGUAGUUCACGAAUGUCUGUCCACAUUUUUUUUUUUUUUUUUAUUGCCACUUAGUUUUCUAAAGCCAAGUUGAAGUCAAUCCCCAAAAGGUUUUAAAGUUAUGAGUAGUAGUAUCAACCUUGUUUCCCAUUGUCCACUUUUCUUUUUUUUUAACUAAUCCAAGUUUUAUUUUCUGCUGCCAGUAGUGAAGGGAAUCUAUUUGAGACUUUAGCCAGUGUAAGUAAAUGCUUGUUUUGAAUUGUAUUGGUGGCAAGUCUUUUGUUUAAUAAUUUGUUUCCAUCUUGAUUUCUUUUAUUUAAAUAAAUGGUAACUUCAAAGUUUUGUGUCGGCAUGGUGAAGCAGUAGGUAAAGCUACAUUAGGAAUUCAGUGCUGUAACUGUACAUACGGUACCGUAAGUCUUUAUUUUUGGCUCAAUUAAGACAAAUUCCUCUGAAUAGAUUUAUAACUGCAAACAGAUUUGAAUGGAUAUAUUGCUUUACCUUAUGUGUGAAGUCAUAUCUGUUUAUGUUCUGCUGGAAAUCUUCCUUUUAAACUCUCAAUUAAAAUCAAUCACCAUUUAAAUUUUUA